AUGACCCGGGCGGCGUCGGCCUCAUCUGCCGUCCGGCCCUACGUUCCGUAUUCUCAAGUCCCCUUCGGUCUGACGUUCAACGACACCCAAGGCGGGAAGCGUAUCCACCCUUUCCUCCGAGAAGACCUCUGCAUUCAAGUCGUCAACAAGACCCUCGUCCCCGGCGCUCUCAUCAAUGUUGCUCGCUGCUUGAACAACUCGGCCCCCCUCCCUGCCCAGCGAAACCUCUUCAAUCUGACCACACUCAACGUUACUUCCAACUACACCGGCCUCAUCGCUCCCGCCAACCAGACCGAGUUGUGCCUUUCGGGCAAAUGGCACAUCCCCAAAAACGCUACCGAUUAUGCCACACGGGCCGACCGGGAGAUAUCGCUGCAGAAGUGUAAUGCGACCGACCCGAAGCAGAUGUGGCGGUAUGGCGUGGACGCGCGGGUCGUGAACGGGACGGGGAGGGCGUACAAGCUGUCACUGAAUAAUCAAGAGCAAUGCGCGACGGUUCUCCGAGAGCAGUUGGGCUCGGUCACGACGCUCGUGCUGAGCAUGAUGCCGUGUCUAAGCAGUGUCGGGAGUCAACUCUUGGUCGUCGUGAACGGCACCAGUACUCCGAGAGAGAAGCUGCCUGACAUCCCCUUGCCGGGGUGGAACUGA